AUUGUGUAUCUGGUUUGUUUGCAGAGAGAAGAGAGAAGAGAGAAGAGAGAAGAGAGAGAGAGAGAGGGGUGGUGAGAUCGAUCUUGGAUAUUCGAUCCAUGCGACCUACGCUAUUAUCAUCGAAACGGCGUCGUGGGCUGUUCGCGCGUAAAACCGUCGUGAAGCAGUGGUGUAAUACCACCGCCCCCUCCAUUACCACCAUAUGAGCUGGUUUGAUAAGCUGCGUUCUUCUCACUUCAGCCGCUUCAUUGCCGGCCUUCUCAUCUUCAUUCUUUAUCAUUCCUUCCAGUUAGUCUCCAACUUCUUGAUUCCUAUACAGCCUUAAUUUCAGAAGUACUCGUUUCCAUGGAUUCCAAACAAUCUCUUCAAGGUGCUUUUGUCUCAUUCAUUGAGAGGCGACGUAGGUUACUCUCUUCAAUCCCUUCAGUCAUUGUGAUUGGUGGUGGUAUUUCAGGGAUAGCUGCUGCCCAUACUCUUCAUAAUGCAUCUUUUCAGGUGGUCUUGUUGGAAUCACGGGAUAGACUUGGUGGCCGCAUUCAUACUGAUUACUCACUUGGUUGUCCAGUAGAUAUGGGAGCAUCAUGGCUUCAUGGUGCUUGCAAUGAGAAUCCCUUGGCUCCAUUGAUAUGUCGUCUGGGCCUUACAUUAUAUCGUACUAGUGGGGAUGAUUCUGUGUUGUAUGACCAUGAUUUGGAAAGUUGCACACUUUUUGAUAUGGAUGGUCAUCAAGUUCCUCAGAAGAUGGUUGUUGAAGUUGGAGAGACAUUCAAGAAAAUUCUGAAAGAGACAGAGAAUAUAAGGAUUGAACAUUGUGAUGAUAUGUCUGUUCUACAAGCAAUUUCUAUUGUGCUGGAUAGGCACCCAGAGUUGAGACAAGAAGGGCUUGCCAAUGAAGUGUUGCAAUGGUAUAUUUGUAGAAUGGAGGCUUGGUUUGCUGUUGAUGCAGAUAUGAUAUCACUGAAAAGUUGGGAUCAGGAGCAUAUACUUUCUGGUGGUCAUGGACUUAUGGUACAAGGUUACGACCCAAUAAUAAAGACCCUCUCUAAAGAUCUCGAUAUACGUUUGAAUCAUAGGGUUACAAAUAUAUCCUAUGGGUGUAAAAAGGUGGUGGUCACUGUUGAGGGUGGAAGGAACUUUGUUGCAGAUGCUGCCAUUAUAACUGUUCCCAUUGGAAUUCUUAAAGCCAAUUUAAUCGAGUUCAAGCCAAAAUUGCCUGAUUGGAAGGUUAAUGCAAUUUCAGAUAUUGGUGUGGGCAAUGAAAAUAAGAUUGCACUACGAUUUGAUGAUGUUUUUUGGCCAAAUGUGGAACUGUUGGGCAUUGUUGCUCCCACUUCUUAUGCCUGUGGUUAUUUUCUCAAUCUUCACAAAGCAACAGGUUAUCCCAUUCUUGUUUAUAUGACUGCUGGAAGUUCUGCUUGUGGUCUUGAGAAGCUAUCUGAUGAGCGUGCUGUAAAUUUCGUGAUGUUGCAGCUCAAGAAAAUGUUUCCUGAUGCAACUAAGCCCGUUCAGUAUCUUGUAUCACGGUGGGGAACUGACCCAAACUCGCUUGGUUGUUAUGCACAUGAUGUGGUUGGAAAGCCCGAAGAUUCAUAUGAGAGGCUUCUAGAACCCUUGGACAAUCUUUUCUUUGGAGGGGAAGCUGUUAGCUUGGACCACCAGGGAUCUGUUCAUGGGGCUUACUCAGCUGGAAUUAUGGCUGCUGAAAACUGUCAAAGGUAUAUCUUGGAGAGACGGGGAAACUUGGAAAAGCUCCAGCUUGUCUCUCUUAGGAGUGCAAUUCAUGAGGCUGCAGUCCCCCUCCAGAUAUCAAGGAUGUGAAACAUAUACAUUCAACAACUUGAAAAAAAAGAAAAAAAAGAAUAGGUGCUAUCCUUUAAUUCAGUGUUUUUAACUUGUAUGCUCCGCUGAUACUGUGGAAAACCUUUCUUUCAUUCCUUGGCUGCACAAUCCAGCAGUGUGAAAUUCCGAGUUUCAAAGAGAUGCUCCUAUUCUUAUUUAACUUUGUGGUUGGCACAGCUUUCGCU